AUGGAUCUGAACAACGAAACUUUCCUGGUAACCUUCUCAAAUGAUCAAGAUUACCUCAAGGCUUUAACGGGUGGACCAUGGGAAAUCCUCGACCACUACCUCGUUGUACACCCCUGGUCACCAAAAUUCAGGACCUCCGACAAGAUCCACAAAUCAGUCACCGCUUGGAUUCAAUUGCCGGAACUCCCUGUCCACUUCUACCACCGGGAAGUUUUGUUCGCCCUAGGAAAUCUCAUAGGCAGAACCGUGAAGCUGGACUACCACACAGAAAUGCUCGAAAGGGGAAAAUUUGCUAGGAUCGCAGUUGAACUAGACAUGACGAAACCACUCCCGACUCGCAUCCGAUUGGACGGAUUCUGGCAACAAGUUCUGUAUGAGAACCUUCCGCAAAUCUGUUUCGAUUGUGGUAGAAUCGGACACACGGAAGAGACCUGCCCAAUGAAGUUGAACAGCUGUGCUGUAGAAUCAAGCUCAGUGGCGAUUUCACACCCAGCAAACGCCGGCGUUAACAUCGACUCGCCGGCUGAGCCGCCGGCCGGCUAUGGACCUUGGAUGCAGGUGACGCGAAAAUCUCGCAAACCAACCAGGAAAGCCAGCGAAAGUCAAGGAUCCCAAAAAGGAAAUCAGCAGGAAAAGCCAGCCAAUCAUGGCAAACAGAUGGCAAAGAAUCUGGGAUCAUCCAAGGGUGCUAAUCUCGGCAAUAUCAACGCCAACGAUGGAAAAGGAAAGGGGAACCUCAAGACGGAAAACAAGAAAGGAAAGUCGGAUAAUCAGAAGGGGAAAAUCACAACAGAGGAUGGUAAGACUGCGCAAGCCAACAGGAAAGCUACCAACGGCCUGAAAGAAUGGAUCCCUGUAGGAGAGGCUAAGGCGUCCGUUAAUGCCCCAAACCUAGCAACCAGGCCUGGGCCGCUUACCCUAAGCCCACUUCUAACAGGCCUUGUCGGACAGACUUCGGGGAACAACUCUGGAAGCCCAUGUGUGGGGAAGGAAAGCCCGACAACUCAAUUGAAGGAAAACAUAGACCCAAAUGUGCAAACUCAUUCGGUCAGGCAGCAUUUCGACAAGAGAAACACCACCGGCUCUCCUGGCGGUGGGAAGAACAUCGAUCGCCACCUGAAAGUGGCGAAAAAACAAAUCCACAAUCCCGCCGGAUCGAAGCGCGAAAUGCACCAGUUGGUUCAAGAGAACACCUUCCCCAUUACCCAGCGGGACAUAGACACCUUCCUUCGAUAG